AUCACAGAAGUGUUAUUGCCACCAAGGUCACCACUGUUAAGGUACCAUCAACAUUUCCCAGGGAUGGGUCAGACUUCUUCUUCUACACCUCCUUUGAAAAAUGAUCCUGACUUGACCUCCAGCUUUGGCACAAAUCCUCAGAAUUUCAAGAUGAAACCCAAAAUUGUGUCUCAGGAAUUGAUCGCCUUCAUUGAAUCAUCCCUAGAGGAAGGAAAACUUCAGGAAACAGUUUCUGCAAUCAGGAAUGCUCUGAGUGACAUGGAGAAAGCCCCAGUGAACAUUGCACUGAUAGGGGAGACUGGGGCUGGAAAGUCCAGUCUCAUCAAUGCUCUACGGGGAGUAAAAGCUGAUGAAGAAGGUGCAGCUGCUACUGGGGUGAUAUGUACAACCACUGAGAGAACACCGUACCCAUAUGCAAAGAUUCCCAGUGUGAUACUAUGGGACCUGCCAAGUAUUGCAUUUUGUGCCUUUCAUCCAAAUGAGUAUUUGAAGAAAAUCAACAUUGAGGAGUAUGACUUCUUCAUUAUUGUCUCUUCUGGACGCCUUAAAUUUAGUGACAGAGAAAUUGCCAAAGCCAUUGUGCAAAUGAAUAGGAGUUUCUGUUUUGUUCUAACCCAUACAGAUAUUGAUCUUGAGGUAGAAAAACUGAUUAACCCUAGGAGAUUCAAUAAAGAGAACACAUUAAACAAGAUUAGAAAUUCCAUUUCAAGUAUACUUAAGGGGGUUACCUACCAGGAGCCCCUAGUCUUCUUAGUCUCUAACUUUGAUGUGUCUGACCUUGACUUCCCAAAGCUGGAAGCCACCCUUCUGAAAGAGCUCCCAGCCUACAAACACCACAUGUUCAUGCACACUUUGUCAAUUGUUACAGAUUCCACCAUAAACCGGAAGAGGGAUAUGCUGAAACAAAAGAUUUUAAAGGAAUCCAGAAUGCCAAGAGCUACCAUACCAUUCAGGGGACUGACCCAAAAUGACCUAGAGAUGUUGGAACAGACUUUGAAUAACUAUAGAUCUUCCUUUGGCCUGGAUGAGGCAUCACUGGAAAACAUCUCUGAGGAUUUGAAUGUGACACUGGAGGAACUCAAGGCAAACAUUAAGUCUCCACAUUUGUUCUCAGAUGAGCCUGGUACAUCAUUAACAGAUAAAUUAUUGAACUACAUUAAACAUUCUUACUUUUCAAACUUUUACCACUUGCAAAAUUAUUUCAUAGACACAGUUGCUAGUGAUGUUAAAACUAUCCUCAGUAAAGAAGAGCUUUUGACAAAGAAGCAUCCUCGACUGCACACAGAUACAUGGACUCAAUCCUCUAGCUGCCAGUCUCCUCUAACUGCUCAAAUUUUGGCUUUCACCUUUGAAAACUUUUUUAAGAACUUCAAGAAGGAAAGCAAACUCCUCUCUGAGGAAACCAUCACUUUGAUUGAAUCCCAUCUGGAGGAUAAGAACCUUCAGGGGGCACUGUCUGAAAUUAGUCAUGCUCUCAGAAACAUUGACAAAGCACCACUGAACAUUGCUGUGACUGGAGAAACAGGAACUGGAAAAUCCAGCUUUAUCAAUGCCCUGAGGGGAGUGAGGGAUGAAGAAGAAGGGGCAGCCUCCACUGGGGUGGUAGAGACAACCAUGAAGAGAACUCCAUACCCACACCCAAAGCUUCCCAAUGUGACAAUAUGGGACCUGCCUGGCAUUGGCACCACUAACUUCAAACCACAAAACUACCUAACAGAAAUGAAGUUUGGUGAGUAUGACUUCUUCAUUAUAGUCUCGGCUACACGCUUCAAAGAACUUGAUGCACAUCUGGCCAAAGCCAUUGAAAAGAUGAACACAAAGUUCUACUUUGUCCGAACCAAGAUAGAUCAAGAUGUCAGUAAUGAACAGAGAAGUAAACCAAAGUCUUUCAAUAGAGACAGUGUCUUAAAGAAAAUUAGAGAUGACUGUUCAGAGAACCUUCAGAAGGUUCUCUCCAGUCAGCCUCCAGUCUUCCUAGUCUCUAACUGUGAUGUGUCUGACUUUGACUUCCCAAAGCUGGAAACCACCCUACUGAGCGAGCUCCCAGCCCACAAGCGCCACAUCUUCAUGAUGUCCUUGCACAGUGUUACUGAGACUGCCAUUGACCGGAAGAGGGAUUUUCUCAGACAGAAGAUCUGGCUGGAGGCCCUGAAGGCUGGAGUACUGGCCACCAUUCCACUUGGGGGCUUCAUCAGAGAUGAAAUACAGAAGUUGGAGGAGACCUUGAAUCUCUACAGGUCUUACUUUGGGCUGGAUGAAGCCUCACUGGUAAAUAUUGCCAAGGAUUUUCACAUGUCUGUGAGUGAAAUCAAGGCAGAACUUAAGUGUCUCCAUUUGUUAACAAAGGACAAAGACAUGUCCUUCAAAGAAAAACUGUUGAAAUAUAUUGAAUCUAUUUCCUGUGUUACUGGAGGACCACUUGCCUCAGGCCUUUACUUUAGAAAGACUUACUAUUGGAAAAGUCUUUUUAUUGUUACUGUGGCAAGUGAUGCCAAGUCUCUCCUUAAUAAGGAACAGUUUUUAUCACGGAAGCGAAGAUCGUACCAUCGACAUUUCCCAGGGAUGGGUCAGACUUCCUCUUCUACACACCCUCCAAAGGAGGAUCCUGAUUUGACCUCCAGCUUUGACACAAACCUUCAGAAUUUCAAGAUGAGAACCAAAAUCCUGUCUCAGGAAUUGAUUGCCUUCAUUGAAUCAUCCCUAGAGGAAGGAAACCUUCGAGAAACGGUUUCUGUAAUUAGGAAUGCUCUGAGUGACAUGGAGAAAGCCCCACUAAACAUUGCAAUGAUAGGGGAAACUGGGGCUGGUAAGUCCAGUCUUAUCAAUGCUCUACAGGGAGUAGGGGCUGAUGAAGAAGGUGCAGCUGCUCCCACUGGAGUGGUAUGUACAACCACUGAGAGAACACCGUACACAUAUACAAAGUUUCCCAGUGUGACACUAUGGGACCUGCCUGGCAUUGGAUCUCCUGCCUUCCAACUACAGGAUUAUCUGAAUAAAAUCAAGUUUGAGGAGUAUGACUUCUUCAUUAUUGUCUCUUCUGGACGCUUUAAACAUAAUGAUGCAGAGCUUGCCAAAGCCAUUGUGCAAAUGAAGAGGAGUUUCUAUUUUGUUCGAAGCCAAACAGAUAUUGAUCUAAUGGUUGUAAGACAGAGUAAUCCUAGGAGAUUCAAUAAAGAGAACACAUUAAACAAGAUUAGAAAUACCGUUUCAAGUAUACUUAAGGAGGUUACCAACCAGGAGCCUCCAGUCUUCUUAGUCUCCAACUUUGAUGUGUCUGACCUUGACUUCCCAAAGCUGGAAACCACCCUUCUGAGAGAGCUCCCAGCCUACAAACGACACAUGUUCAUGAUCACUUUGUCAAUUGUUACGGAUUCCACCAUAAACCGGAAGAGGGAUAUGCUGAAACAAAAGAUCUUGAAGGAAUCCAGAAUGCCAAGGGCUACCAUACCAUUCAGGGGACUGACCCCAAAUGACCUAGAGAUGUUGGAACAGACUUUGAAUGACUAUAGAUCUUCCUUUGGCCUGGAUGAGGCAUCACUGGAAAACAUCGCUGAGGAUUUGAACGUGACACUGGAGGAACUCAAGGCAAACAUUAAGUCUCCACAUUUGUUCUCAGAUGAGCCUGGUACAUCCUUAACAGAUAAACUAUUGAACUAUGUUAGACAUUCUUCCUUUUCAAAGGUUUUCCACUUGCAAAAUUAUUUCAUUGACACUGUUGCAAGCGAUGUUAAAAUUAUCCUCAGUAAAGAAGAGCUUUUGACAGAGAAGCAACAUCCAUGGUACACAGCUACAUGCAAGCCUUCCUCUUGCAGCCCCUCUCCUCUAACUACUCAAAUUUUGGCAUACAGUUUUGAAAAUUUUUUUAAGAAUUUCAAGAAGGAAAGCAAAAUUAUCUCUGAAGAAACCAUCACUUUGAUUGAAUCCCAUCUGGAGGAUAAGAACCUUCAGGGGGCACUGUCUGAAAUUAGUCAUGCUCUGAGAAACAUUGACAAUGCCCCACUGAACAUUGCUGUGACUGGAGAAACAGGAACUGGAAAAUCCAGCUUUAUAAAUGCCCUGAGGGGAGUGAGGGAAGAAGAAGAAGGAGCAGCCCCCACUGGGGUGGUAGAGACAACCAUGAAGAGAACUCCAUACCAACACCCAAAGCUUCCCAAUGUGACAAUAUGGGACCUACCUGGCAUUGGGUCCACUAACUUCCCACCACAAAACUACAUAACAGAAAUAAAGUUUGGUGAGUAUGACUUCUUCAUUAUCAUUUCCGCUACACGCUUCAAAGAACUUGAUGCACAUCUGGCCAAAGCCAUUGAAAAGAUGAACACAAAGUUCUACUUUGUGCGAACCAAGAUAGAUCAAGAUGUCAGUAAUGAACAGAGAAGUAAACCAAAGUCUUUCAAUAGAGACAGUGUCUUAAAGAAAAUUAGAGAUGACUGUUCAGAGAACCUUCAGAAGGUUCUCUCCAGUCAGCCUCCAGUCUUCCUAGUCUCUAACUGUGAUGUGUCUGACUUUGACUUCCCAAAGCUGGAAACCACCCUACUGAGCGAACUCCCAGCCCACAAGCGCCACAUCUUCAUGAUGUCCUUGCACAGUGUUACUGAGACUGCCAUUGACCGGAAGAGGGAUUUUCUCAGACAGAAGAUCUGGCUGGAGGCCCUGAAGGCUGGAGUACUGGCCACCAUUCCACUUGGGGGCUUCAUCAGAGAUGAAAUACAGAAGUUGGAGGAGACCUUGAAUCUCUACAGGUCUUACUUUGGGCUGGAUGAAGCCUCACUAGAAAAUAUUGCCAAGGAUUUCAAUGUGUCUAUGAAUGAAAUCAAGGUACACCUUAAAUCUCUCCAUUUGUUAACAAAGGACAAAGACAUGUCCUUCAAAGAAAAACUGUUGAAAUAUAUUGAAUGUAUUUCCUAUGUUAUUGGGGGACCACUUGCCUCAGGCCUUUACUUUAGAAAGACUUACUAUUGGAAAAGUCUCUUUAUUGAUACUGUGGCAAGUGAUGCCAAGUCUCUCCUUAAUAAGGAACAGUUUUUAUCAGAGAAGCCAGGAUCCUGCAUGUCAGACUUCCCUGAAUACUGGGAAACAGGAAUGGAGCUAUAAGGUACUAACCUUCAGACUGACUUCAGGCACUGACUUAAAGUCUACUUUUAAGCAGCAAACAUUUCCUGGGAAAGAACAGAGGAUUCAUAUCUUUCAGAGACAGAAUAUCACAGUGACAAGUGGAAAAAGAGUCGUCCACACUAUAAGAACUCUCUUCCAUUAAAGUAUCAUUAUGAGACUAUAUGGCUGUAUACAUAUCAAUUGCAAUAUCUUUGUCUAAUUAAUGUUGGAUCAUUUGUCCCACAGAGAUUCCCCAAGCAAUGUCACACUCUCCUAAGAUGAAGAAGUUAGACUGUGUAACCAUUUGUGCUUUUCUAUGUCUGCCUCAGUUCCAGAAUAAUGACACAGAGGUUCAUUUAUUUAUGCAUUAAUGCCUAUACCUUAGCUAAGAUUGUUCUCCAACUAUCUUAUAACUAAAUUAAUCUGUUUAUAGUGUUCUUUGUCUGAGACAAGGCUGGUUGCCUCUUCUCAGUUUCAUACAUUCAACUUCCUCCACAACUUGGUGGUGAAUCUCUUUAGC